UCGUCAACUAUCGGCAUAUUCAACACAUGUAUUCAAUCAAUUUAUCAUUGCGUAAAAGUACCCAAAAAUUUCGAAAUCCCAAAUUCACAGAUAAAACGCCGGUGAGGCCCGUGCGUAGCCGGUUCCGUUCCCGUCCCUCUUCCAAUCCGAGCAGUAGCAGUAGUAGCAGAUCCCAGGGAGCAAAUAGAGCGCCAUGGCCUCAGAUCAUGAUGAAUCGGACGCUGAGCUGGAGGAGAACUACUACACAUUUCUGAAUUUGCCCCGGGACGCCACCGCGGAGCAAAUCAAUACGGCGUACCGGAAACAGAGCCGCAUUUACCAUCCGGACAAGCACCUGGACCCUGAGAGCAAGACGAAAGCGGAGCUCAUGUUCAAUCGCACCAAGCGCGCCUACGAGGUGCUCUCGGAUCCCCAUCAGCGGGCCAUCUACGACUCGGUGGGCGAGAAGGGGCUGCGUACCGAGGGCUGGGAGAUUGUACACCGGACAAAGACGCCCGCAGAAAUCAGGGAAGAGUACGAACGGCUGGCGCAGGCGGCUGCCGAACGGCGUCUGCAGCAGAGGACAAAUCCCCGAGGCAACAUCACCAUCAACGUAAAUGCCACGGAGAUCUUUGCGCCGUACGACGAUACAGAGAUGCCGCGCGUGGAGAUCGGCUCUAUGAGCAUUGCCCAGUCCAUUGAGGCGCCAAUCACCCGCAAGGACAUGAUCAUCAUGAGCGGCAACCUGUACUCCUCCAAUGGCAAUGGCAGCGGUGGUUUCAUGGUGGCCGGACGACGGCUGCUCAAUAAGGGCUGGCUGGAGGUGUGCGCCGGAGCGGGAAACGGCUUUCUGUUGGGCCUCAAGGGUGGCCGCACUCUUACCCAGAAGCUUACUCUUAACGGAGGCACAAACCUGAACUUCCGGGACCAGGGAGUGAUACCGGCUGUGUUCUCCACACUGGCUGUGCAGCUGGACAAGCACACGGUGGGCAGCUUGACGCUGAAUGCCGGGCCGCAGUCCUCUAUGUCCACGCAGAUUGAUCACUCCAAAGAGGAGUACUCGCUGAGCUCGUCCUUUGUGAUUGGAACACCGCAUAUAUACUUUGGACUGUCCUACACCCGCAAGCUAAUGGAGAACGAGAUGAAACUGAAGCUUGCUGCCAAAGUGGGAACCUUCGGCUUCAUGGGCGAGUAUGGUGUGGAGAAGAAGGUAUCCAAAUACAGCUCAGUUACGGCCACGGUCUCCAUUGGUGUGCCUUCUGGUGUCAUACUUAGAUUCAAAAUACUGCGUUCAAAUCAAUCGUACGUGUUCCCCAUUCACCUGAGCGAAGAAAUAGUGCCCGCUGCCGUAUUUUAUGCCUCAGUGACACCAGUAAUCGCGUGGUUCCUCAUCAAGAAGACUGUAAUGGAUCCCAUGGAGGCGGAGCGCAAAAGCAUCGAGGUGGAGCGGACGAAGCGGCAAAAUGAGCAGCGACUGACGGCCAAGCGACAGGAGGCUAGUGCUGCCGUUCAUCUGAUGCAGAGAACGUACAAUCGGAUUAUGACCGAGGAGCUGGAGCGGACGGGUCUAAUUGUGACGCGAGCAGUCUACGGCUGUACGAUGGAUGGCAGCAACCAGUUCAAGCCGGAACAGUCGCUGGACGUCACCAUACCCAUACAGUGCCUGGUCAAGGAUGGAACGCUGCAGCUGUACGAGUCCUCAAAAAGUGACCUGCCCGGCUUCUAUGACCCAAGCAUUGGCGACGAGAAGAUACUACGCAUCGAGUACACCUACCAGAACCAGUUCAAAGUGAUCAACAUCAAGGACAAUGAGGGGCUGCGUCUACCAUUGCCGGGAUAGCUUUGAUUGUUGGAGGCAUGGCACUGCAAUUAGUAUAAAUCAUCAGUUGUGUUUGUAACUUGUUUUUAUUCUUGAUAGAAAGCAAAGACCCAUUCCCAGGACAUGGGGCAUGUAUUUUCCCCAAUUUACAAAUGCCACUCAUUAACUCGCUAGUUUUUUGGGAUACUUAACUGAUCCGAAAUGAGCAAUAAACCAGAGAGAACUAUGAAA